UUUUUUUUUUUUUAAUAAUAUUUAUAGCGUGUUGAUUCAUUACUUGCUCAACCAAUUCUUCAAGCAAAACAAACUGAUUUACAAGCACCAAAAUUAUUCGAAGAUGAUUAUAUUAAAACACUUGGUAAUAGUCUUAGUUUAAAACUUUAUUCUCAGGGUGAUCCAAUAACAUUAGCUACUGCUUCGACUCUUCGUCUUUUGGCUAAUAAUACAACUAUUCAUUCAUUUAGUCAAACUUGGCUUUCAGCAAAAUUUUCAUUUCGUGAUUAUACAAAUCCACUUAGCUAUGGUCUUAUUGCUGAUCGAACGGGUGCUCGGGGUCUUAUUUUAUGUGUUCAAGCAUUUGUUCUUCGUCAUUUACUUCUUAAAAAUGCCUUAUCAGUCGAUCAAAAUCAAUCUAUUACAAUUAACGUUGAAUCACGUACUGAAGCACUUGUUGAUUCUCUUACUGAAAUAUUAUGGCAAGCAGGUGAAUAUCGAGGAGCAACAGUUUGUAUUCCUUAUGCUGGUGAUGCAUGUUUUACAAAUCAUGGUGAACAUUAUGUAUCUGAUGGAAUAACUGAACGAUUACAUAUGUUUGAAUUUGUUGAUUUGGGAAAACUUCGUUCAUUUAUUAUCAAAUGUUUGCCAUAUUUUAUGAAAGAACAUGGUGUUAUUAUAUUUCUCUAUAGUCUUAUGUUAUCACGUACAUUAAAAAAAUUAAUUGAUGAUCUUGAUCAUGUACGUUUAGUCGGUGAACGAGAUGAAUCAACAAUUGAAAUGAUUACAUUAGCAUUAACUGGACGUGCUUUACAUUAUUUACAUAAUGGUAUUAUUGAUGUUGAUUCGAAUGGAAAUUUAAUGGAAAAACCUCAAUAUGGUGUCAAAAAUCGUUCUCCUGUUGGAUUUCUUUAUUGUUCUAAAUAUGAUGAAGAUUCGUUUUGGCAUAAACAAGAAAUUGGUUCAAUGUUACGUACACCAAAAGUACCGGUAUGGCUUAUUUGUUUAAAUCGUCGUUAUGGUAUAAUAUUUUCAACAAAUGUUAAUCUAUUAAAUAAUUGGAUUUAUGAAAAUUAUUUUCAAUUACAUAUUUAUAGUGGCUUAAAAAAACAAGAAAAUUCUUGUAUAGUUUCAAUUGAUACUCGACAACAAUAUCCAGCAUCGAUUUAUGGAGAUCUUUUUGAAGAAAAUGAUCAUCGUAUACCAGAUAUUAUUCAAUUAUUACAAACACGAUGGCCAGGUUGUAUAAUUGAAAAUAUUGAAGAUAUUUUACAUGAAUUAAUGAUAAUUUUUUAA